AUGCCGCGCGCGGUCGCGGUCGCGCUCGCGCUCGCGUGCGCGCUCGCGUGCGCGCGCGGCGUCGACGCGCGCGUGGGACCGAUGGGCACGGGCGACGGCGUCGACGCAUCGGUCGGUCGCUCGAUGGAACUCGGACGGGCGCCGACGACGACGGCGGGCGACGCGCGCGGUGCGGGCGGGACGAUCGACGCGGGCGCGAUCGAACGCCUGUCCUGGGCCCCGCACGCGGAGGUCUACCGAGGGUUUCUCACCGAGGCGGAGUGCGAGCACAUCGAGCGAUUGGCGACGGCGGAGUUGAAGCCGUCGACGGUGGUGGACGCGUCGACGGGCGGGGACGCGUCGAGUGAAAUUCGGACGUCGAGCGGGAUGUUUUUGGGUAGGGCGGAGGAUGAUGUGAUAGAGGCGAUCGAAGCGCGGAUAGCGGCGUGGACGCACGUGCCGGAGAGUCACGGGGAGGGGUUUCAGGUGCUGCGAUACGAAAAGCAUCAGGAGUAUCGCGCGCAUUACGAUUACUUUCACGAUAAAUUCAACGUGAAACGAGAGAAGGGGGGACAGCGCAUGGGAACGGUAUUGAUGUAUCUCAGCGACGUCGAAGAGGGCGGUGAGACGGUGUUUCCGAAAUUUGAGGACGGAACGCCCGCGGGAAGCGAGGCGAGCGAGUGCGCUCGCAAUAAGCUCGCCGUUCGACCGAGAAAGGGUGAUGCUCUCUUCUUCAGGAGUUUACGUCACGAUGGCGUUCCUGACACCUUUAGCGAGCACGCGGGCUGUCCGGUGAUUCGUGGAGUCAAAUUUAGCGCGACCAAGUGGAUGCACGUAUCGCCAAUCGAGGAUGGUUCGAACGGACUUCUUCUGCCGCCCGGUGUGUGCAAGGACCUGCACGCAGCCUGCGUGGCAUGGGCGAAGAGUGGCGAAUGCGAGAAAAACAAAAAUUACAUGGUGGGUAGAGGACGGUCAAAGGGGAACUGUAUGCGAUCGUGUGGCGCGUGUCCCGAGGGAACGCACGAAUAG